CGGCGAGGAGAUGUCGAGCUCGAGACACAUUCGAAACGGUUUCCUCCCUGUGCGUCUGCGGAGGAAGACGACGGCAUUUUUUGCACUUCGUCGACACCGAAAACCGGCGAGGUCGAUCGAAAAGACAGGGGGCGAGGACGAGGCCGACAGAAAGCACUGCUUCCAGAGCUCGAAAAAACGCAGGCCUGUGACCUCAGCAGCUGCGCGCCGGGAGGUCUUUUAUCUUUUGUCUCCAAGGAAUCCCCCUUUUUUCUUUCGAAACAACGAGAGAGAAGUCUCGAAGCCGGCUGGCGGCGCGGGAGCCGAGGUCUUGCACUCUUUCUCAAGUUGGAAAGGACGCCCUCUCUGCUUCUCCCGGUCCUGCCGUCUGCAGAGUAGUCGGAAAAAACGGCGACGCUGGGUCGACACACCGACCGAGAUAGCCUCGUCCAGGCCUUGCAAUCUGGACUUUAAGUGAAUUUGUGCAUGCAAGUCUCUUCCGCUGGUCUCGGGGAGACUCUGUGGUGUCUAUGUCAGCGAAUGUGAGAUGUGAAUGACACGCCGCGCCGAGAACUUCGCUUCUUCCUCUCCACAGUUGAAUGGGCGAGUGUAAAAACCGAGAGACGUUAGAUAUGUAGCUCUUCUGGGAGGUGUACAGACACCCCAGGGUCGCGGGUACCUCUCAGAGAGAUGGCGUCUGGGGAUGCCAUCUUCAGUUCUUCGCCGCGUAUGUCUCUUCUUCCCUGUUCGUCUUCUUCCCUCGCACCACAAAGGACUCUCCUUUUCUCUUCCAGGAUGCUGCAUGCUGCCGCAUCCUCUUCCUUGUCCCUGUGAAGUUUGAUCCACGUAUAACGGGAGGCAUUUGACACCGCCCAUGUAGUCUGUCUCUGUCUCACAUCCUCGGCCCUCUCACGUGGAUGAUUUUGUCUUUCUCUCUCCUCUCAUCUCAGUCGUUUGUCUCCACCCUUUUUCCACCGUUUUCCGUUGAACUCCCCUUUUCCUUUUUUGUCUUCUGUUCUCCCAUGUGGACCUCGACCUCGCACUCUUGUCGUCCGACCUGCUCCCGUUGUUGACCCCCCUUGGUCUUCCUCUUCCUCCGCAUCUUUCUCUUGCCUUUUUUCCUCUUCGCUCGUCCGUCCUCUUGGUCGUCUUCUGUUUGCCAUCAUGGGGAUAUUUCGGUCGGAGACCAUGUGUAGGGGGACGCUUGUCCUGCCGAGCGAGGGCGCCCGCGACUUCCUUGACGCGAUUGGGUCCAAAGUUCAGGUCCAAUUUGUAGAUAUGAACGCGCAGUCGCUCUGUCGGCAGUACAAGCGCUACGUGCAGAGGCUGGAGGAGAUGGAGAGGAUUUUGCGUUUUCUGUUUGCGGAGAUUGAAAAACAUACGUCGACGAAGCUGGAAGAUCGUCUGGACCUCGACGCGACCAGCGACGGUUCGCUGUCGGAUGGCGAGUUCGAAUCGGAGGACUCUCUCGAGUUUCUCCGGCGUUCGCUCUCUCUCUCAGGUGCGAGGGAAGCCCGGAGAGCGCAUCCGUUUGAGGCAGAGCUCGAGGAGGGAAGCCGCUGGAGCAGACGAAAUUUUGCAGGAAACCGAGUGCCGUCUCAAGAACGAAGAGAAGGUCGAGCAGACUCUCCUUUCUUCGACUCUGCGCGGGCAGGUCCAGGCGCCGGUGUGUCGGGCGCCUCCGCCUUCCAGCUCGACAAAGUUGAGGAGGCUCUGAACAAGCUGUACACACAGUUCGUCCGCUUCUCGCAAAACAACGAAGACCUCCUUCGACAGAGAAAUGCGGCGAUCGAGGAAACGAGUCUACUUCUUCUUGCGCUCCACCAGCUCGCGCUCCCAGUGCACAGCGGUCGCGCAGCGAGACUCUCAGCUGCUGGAGUUCCUGACAGAAACGCGCGGUCGGAUCUGCGGCCCUCCUCGCCUCUCUUCGAAUCGACCGCCAGCCUCUCUCUGCUCGAGGCGGGGACCGCAGGCCUGUCGGCGCGCGCGGAGACUGGAGCCCCACGCGGUCGCGGCUUGGGCUCUACGCUCCGCGACGGCUUCGGCGACGAACUGGGCUCCGAGUUCAGGUCCAUGGCUUUCUCCUCUGUCGCAGGAGUCAUCAACAGCUGCGACCAGGAAAAAUUCGCGCGUGCUCUCUUCAGGUCAAUGCGCGGCAACGCAUACACCUACUUCCAGCCUGCCGAUCUGACAGAGGUUCCUGCUGAAUACGCUGUGACGCUCCAGUCGAAGUCGCUCUUCGUCACAUAUUAUCAGGGGGGCUGUUCGCCUUCGUCUGCGGCGUACGAGAAGGUGAUUCGUUUGUGCGCUGCGUUCGGCGCGCGGUGCUACUCAUGGCCUGGAUCGUUCGAAGAAGCAGAGAAGCGCUUCGCAGACGUUUCGUCUCUCUUGGCCGACAAGGAGAAGACGCUGCGAGCCUACGAGCAGUACUUUCUGUCGGAGAUUUCGAUUCUCUUGGAGCCUGUGGAUGCGGAUUGUGAAGGCCGCAGACGGCGCAGGCCGCUGAUCGAAGCCUGGAGGCGCUUCUGUGUGAAGGAGAAAGCCGUCUACGCAACGCUCAACUUCUUCGAGGCGAGCGAUGUGACGAUUCGAGCUGACUGCUGGUUCCCGGCACAAGACGAGGCGAAGCUCCGCGUCGUCCUCGCCGAACAGAGCGCGCGAAGUCAUGCGUCGGCGUUUCUGCUUCUGCACCCACCCACAAGUUCUCCGUCGCCGCCGACGUUCUUUCGCUUGCCGCCUUUCUUGGAACCUUUUCAACAGUUGGUCGACACCUACGGCGUCCCGAGAUACAAAGAAGCGAACCCAGCCGUGUUUGCAUGCGUCUUCUUCCCGUUCUUGUUCGGCGUCAUGUACGGAGACGUAGGUCACGGCUUCCUCCUCGUCCUCAUCGCCGCGGCGCUCUUCUACGUCAAAGCGAACAACCGCGUUCUGAGGAUGAAAGGCGAACUGAUCGAUAUGCUGCUCGAAGGAAGGCACAUGAUCCUGUUGUUGGGUUUGUUCGCCACCUAUGCGGGAGUGAUUUAUAACGACGUUCUGUCUCUGGGCAUCGACCUCUUCGGAACGCGGUGGCAAGUCUCUUCGCCGACGUUCGAGGAAGGCGAAGUCGCGUUUCCGGCGGCUUCUUCUGCCUCUCGUCCCGCAACGUUCCACGAGAGAGAAGGCGAGAAACUCGAACCUAUGGCGGAAGGAUUCCCCUACCCUGUGGGCUUCGAUCCUGCGUGGAAGGGAGCAGUGAACGAACUGCUUAUGUUCAACUCCUUCAAGAUGAAGUUCUCUGUCAUUGUGGCAUUCUUCCAGAUGCUGUUGGGGAUCCUCUUGAAGGCGCUGAACGCGCUCUACUUCCGACAGUUUCUGGACUUCUUUUUCGAGGCGCUUCCCCAGCUCUUCCUCUUCGUCGCACUCAUCGGGUACAUGGCUUUCCUCAUUCUCUUCAAGUGGCUCACACCCGCAGACGCCUACGCCAAACCUUCUCUGAUCAACGUCCUCAUCGACAUGCACAUGGGAGGCGCAAAUCCCGACCCUUCGCUCCUUAUGUUCGACGGACAAGCCGAAAUUCAGCAAGUUUUGCGCCUCGUGGUUCUGCUGUCUGUGCCAGUCAUGUUGCUGGCGAAGCCUCUGUGGCUGCUGUACGCACAGCGUCACUCGGCCUCACGCGCGUCGCUGCAUGCAGCAGAUUUCGGAUACCAUGUACAAGGUUCCGCAGCAGCGUCUCGGGCGUCUGCAGGCGCGCCUGCGUCGCCGCUCGAGGAAGAGCGAGAGAGCUUGGUCGUCGCGUCUUCCUCCCGCGCUUUGCCCUCUGAAAGACGCGUUCGAGCUUCAGAGCGAAGUCUGGCGAGUGAGGACUCGGCGCUGCCGUCGCCGCCUUUGGCCUUCUCGGUUUCGCAGGGACCUUGUGACGGCCGCGGCGCGCGGCGGACGAGAAAACGGACAGAAGUCGAAGACGCGGAGGAUGGCGCGGACGACGGCGCGGGAGAGAUCAGCGAAGUCUUCAUCCACCAAAUGAUCGAGACCAUCGAGUUCGUGCUUGGAACAAUUUCCAACACGGCCAGCUACCUCCGACUCUGGGCGCUCUCGCUGGCCCACCAGCAACUCGCUCUUGUCUUCUUCGAGAAAACCAUCGGCCUCGCGCUGCAGCCUGGCACUGGUGGGGUCGCAAUGACCAUCAAGUUCGUUUUCCUUUUCCCCAUCUUCGCUCUCAUCACCUUUUUCGUGAUGGUGGGGAUGGACAGCCUCGAGUGUUUCCUCCACGCCCUCCGUCUUCAGUGGGUCGAGUUUCAGGGAAAAUUCUACAAGGCAGAUGGUCACACGUUCGCCCCCCUCAAUUUCGCGAAGAUUCUCCGAGAGUCGAGACCUCAAGGAUCUUAACGUUUUCUGUUUACAGUCUCUUUCAGGUCGCUGAACUGGCGUUGUUCCCCUGUUGUCUGCUGCUGUCUCGUUUGUCUCCACUCUGAUGCUGCUUUCUUUUCUCCGUUUCCUUGUCCCUUUUCUGCGUUUUUCCUUCGUUUCCUUGCACCGCGUUUCUGCGGUUUUUCGUCUCUUCUUUCUGCUUUUCCUCGUUUUCCUCUCUCUCUCUCCUUCGAUAUUCCGGGAGUCGUUUCCGCCGUUCUUUUCCUCUCUGCUUCUGCGCCUCUACGCCUUCUGGGAGACGCUCUGACGUCUCCAGCCGAUGUGUGAAAAGAAGUGAUGGAAUCACAGAGACGAAGAAGAGACAGGAGAGAGUGGAAGGAACGAAACCUCUCGAAUCCCUUUUCAAAUUGUUGCUGUUUUUCUGUGUGCCGCUUCUGAGAUUUCAUGUGCUCAUGGCGUUCUCCCGCACCCGCCCUGCCCUGGUCCCGCGUCUCUCGAGUCGUUUUCUUCGCGUUUCCUUCUCGCGCCUCCUCUCUCUCGUCUCUAGUUUUCACUGCCCAGCGACCUUCCAAAAGUCUACUCGUCGUCUGCUUGCUUUCCUGCCGUCCUAGUCUCGCGAUGCGUCGGCGCACAAGACGACGAGUCUCCUGUUGGUGAAGCGAGCGAAAGUCCGCGGCGGUUCCCUCACGGCGAGCCCAGCCAGCUGGCGGCUCCCCUCUUGCGACGACUUCGCCUCCGCCAUGCAUCGAUUUUCCUUUCGUCGAAAGAUCUCUCGAGCAGACUCAACUCGGCGACGGGGGAAAGCACGAGCUUUCCGCGGUCUGAAAGACAGGGAGAGACA